UCUCUUUUGGAUAAUUAUCUAUCAGCACUGGUAGAUAAUUUUGGGUUAUGAUGAAUCUACACUACAUAUAUAUAAUAUGGCCAAAUGUGUUAAGUACUUCUGUUAUGAAUACUAAAAAGGAUGCUACGUACUUUUGCUACCAUUUUUUAAAAAUUUGUUGAAAGUCGUGAUUGAGAUCUUAAUUUUGGUCUGGUUUUUGGUUGGUUCUCAGUUUGUAAAAAAUAAUUUUGCCUCUAAAUUAGGAAUCAUUGGCAACAUAUUAAUACCUUCAAGUUCAUGAUAAUUUUGCCUUUUUCAAGUUAUGUAAUGGAUCUUCAUCUUCAUCAUUGAUAAGUUACUAUAUUUUUCUUUACUGACAAAUUAAUAUGAUGAUUUUUGCUAGAAUAAUCAGAUACCCUGAGAUGUGGAUAUCUUGUGAAAUGAGAUUGAUAGUAUCUAGGACGCUGAGAAGCAUCUGCUCAAGCUUUUAUUAACUUUUUAUGUACUAAGGAAGGGCUAUGUUAAAUCCUGAAAUUGUAUUUUGUUUAGCCAUUCUGAAGUUGCAUAUUGUUCAAGUCUUUACAUAACUAUGUUUUAGAUGGACGUCAAUUGUGUACAAACUUAUUUUUCUUGCGUUCAUUAGUCUGAACUUGAAGUAUUACAACAUUCUAAUUGAUAGCACAGCUCCAAAACCUUUAUUUAUUGUCCCUAUAUUCUUUUCUCACUGAAUAUGGGAGCUUCAGCUCUAACUUGUGAGUUUACAACUGCUCCAGCCCUUGUGAUACCAAAAGCUAUUUCAAAUGCUGAUUUAGAUGCUUCUCAGAUUGAUUACUAUGAAAUAAAGGAAGCGUUUUCUGUUGUAGCUCUAGCCAAUCAAAAGCUGCUUGGUCUUAAUCCUGAAAGCCUUAACGUACAUGGUGGGGCUGUAUCAUUGGGACACCCAUUAGGAUGCAGUGGAGCUCGUAUCUUGGUCACAUUGUUAGGGGUAUAUUGAGAUGAUUUCUUUGGAGCAAUUCUUGACAACAUUUGUAGUUGAGGCCUUUAGAAUGGAAGAAUGUAUUUCACUAAUUUUUGUAUACAUUUCUUGGUUUGUAUUUAGUGAUAAAGGAAUCUGAAUUGGGCAUAAAUUAUGUUGUAAUAUGAUUUCUUAAGCCUAGACUAGUAGACUAAAUAUUAUAAUUACAUUUGAGUAAU